AUGGAUACCCGAACCACAUUCGUCCCCAAGUUGAACCAGUUGGCAGCCCAGCUGGCAGGCGCUCACACUGGUCAUCCACUUCCGUCAAGCAAUGACGUGCCAAAAUAUGAAGUUGUUGAGCAACCUCUAGGAACUACGCGCCAUCUUCGAAUUAUCGGCAUCGGAGCCGGCAUGAGCGGCAUGAACAUGAUCCGGACACUGCGACUUCAUCUUACUGACUAUGAGCACAUCGUUUAUGAGAAGAACCCUGUUAUCGGCGGGACAUGGUACGAAAAUCGCUACCCAGGGUGUAAAUGCGAUGUUCCAUCUCACAACUAUCAAUUUUCCUGGCGGCCAAACCCUGAGUGGUCAAGUUUCUUCUCCCCAGCUACAGAGAUUCAAGACUACCUUUGUCGCGUUUGUGAGGAAGAGAACAUGCAUGGCUUGAUCAAGACUCAGCAUCAGGUUGAAGGGGCGCAGUGGGACGAAAACGACGGCGUCUGGCGUCUGCAGAUCCGUAACUUGCAGUCGGACACUCUUUUCAACGACCAUUGUCACUUCCUCCUUGAUUCGUGUGGGAUUUUGAACAAUUGGAAGUGGCCUGAAAUCCCUGGCCUGCACGACUUCCAGGGCGACCUGGUUCACAGCGCAAACUGGCCCGAAAAGUUUGACGAUGCUGGCAAGACAGUCGCACUUAUUGGCAAUGGUUCCUCUGGCGUGCAAAUUCUCCCAGAGAUUCAGAAGAAUGCCAAGCAUUUGGUGCAUUUUGUCCGUGAACCAACUUGGAUUGUGCCCUCGAGACUUCAGUUAAUAGCCCAAAGCCGAGGAAGUAUCCUGGAGGGGGUCGAGAUAAAUGAGGACGAAGGGUUCUCCAAGGCCCAGAUUGAACGCUUCAAGUCGGACCCUGUCUUCUACAGGAAAUUUAUCAAGGCCAUUGAAGAAGUCGUAAACGGGAACUUUCCCCUUACCCUAAAGGACACGGAUUUCGCUGCAUUCAUGCAGGAGAGAGUGAAGGAAUACAUGACUGAUGCAUUGCAAGGGGACAAGCGCCUUUGUGAUGCGAUGAUCCCUGAUUUCCCUCUGGGAUGCCGCCGACUUACACCAGGCGUGGGGUACCUGGAAGCUCUCAAAGCCCCCAACGUGACGGUUGUAACGGACCCGAUAACCAGAGUGGUGCCGCAGGGCCUGGAGACUUCAACGGGAGAGCUUAUUAAAGUGGAUGCUAUCGUCUGCGCAACCGGCUUUAAUGUCUCGUUUUGCCCGCGAUUCCCGAUUCUUGGCCGCAAAGGCAACCUCCAAGACAAGUGGACCAGGGAGAUGCCGAAAUCAUACAUGUCGUGUGCAGUCCCAGGGUUUCCAAACUACUUCACGUUCCUUGGACCCAAUGCGCCCAUCGGGCAUGGCAGUGUUUUCACUAUCGCAGAACACAUUGCCAAGUAUAUGACCAAGAUCAUUAAGAAAUGCCAGACCGAGGGUAUCAAGGCCAUCUCGCCCAGUCAGUCUGCUGUUGAUGAGCUAUCUGAGCACACGCAAAUUUUCAUGCCGCGAACAGCCUGGACUGGAAACUGUAUCUCAUGGUUUAAAAACGGGACUGUUGAUGGCCCGGUCACAGCUCUUCACCCCGGUAGCCGCAUUCACUUUUUCCACAUGAUGGAAAACUUCAGGGGUGAGGAUUGGGAAUACACUUAUAUGCGGAAGGGUAACCGGUUCCUUUAUCUCGGAAACGGCUUUUCGACCAGGGAGGAGGAAGGCGAGGAUUCGACAUGGUACUUGGAUGAACCAGACAAGCUGUGA